CUGUCUCUUUAAUGCAAGAGGAAGCGAUGCGGAGGGGUGGAAAAUGGCAGAGUUGCAGAUGUUGCUAGAGGAGGAGAUCCCUUCUGGCAAGCGGGCGCUGCUCGAGAGCUACCAGAACCUCACUCGCGUCGCCGACUACUGCGAAAACAACUACAUCCAGGCUCCAGAUAAAAGGAAAGCGUUGGAAGAGACCAAAGCCUACACAACUCAGUCUCUAGCCAGUGUUGCUUAUCAGAUCAAUGCACUGGCCAACAAUGUAUUACAACUGCUGGACAUUCAAGCUUCUCAGCUACGGAGGAUGGAGUCUUCCAUCAACCAUAUCUCCCAGACUGUGGACAUCCAUAAAGAGAAGGUUGCUCGCAGAGAGAUAGGCAUUUUGACAACCAACAAGAACACAUCAAGAACUCACAAAAUCAUCGCGCCGGCGAACAUGGAGCGGCCUGUAAGGUAUAUUCGAAAACCUAUAGACUACACAGUGCUGGAUGAUGUUGGCCAUGGUGUAAAGUGGCUAAAAGCCAAGCAUGGAAAUAACCAGCCUGCAAGAACUGGCACCUUGUCAAGAACAAAUCCGCCUACACAAAAACCACCAAGUCCUCCCAUGUCAGGCCGGGGAACUCUGGGACGAAAUACUCCUUACAAAACCUUGGAGCCUGUCAAGCCGCCAACGGUCCCCAAUGACUACAUGACCAGUCCUGCCAGGCUGGGCAGCCAGCACAGCCCGGGAAGGACGGCUUCCCUGAACCAGAGACCAAGAACACACAGUGGCAGCAGUGGAGGAAGUGGCAGUCGAGAGAACAGUGGAAGCAGCAGUAUUGGCAUUCCCAUUGCCGUGCCUACGCCUUCGCCGCCAACCAUCGGACCAGCACCCAUUUCUGUUCCUCCUCCUCCUGGAGCACCGCCAGCACCACCACUGCCACCACCUCUCCCGAUGGGCAGUCUGAUAGCUGCUCCGGGUUCAGCUCCUGGUUCCCAGUAUGGCACAAUGACCAGGCAAAUCUCGCGGCACAACUCUACCACUUCUUCAGCAUCUUCUGGUGGAUACAGACGGAAUCCUUCUGUGACUGCCCCAUUUUCUGCUCAACCUCAUGUUAAUGGCGGGCCUCUUUACUCUCAAAAUUCAAUUUCCAUUGCUCCCCCUCCUCCCCCUAUGCCUCAGUUGACUCCACAGAUACCUCUCACAGGCUUCGUGGCCAGGGUGCAGGAAAACAUUGCUGAUAGCCCGACUCCUCCCCCUCCACCGCCUCCUGACGAGAUGCCGAUGUUUGAUGACUCUCCUCCUCCUCCGCCGCCACCCCCAGUGGAUUACGAGGAUGAGGAGGCUGCUGUUGUGCAGUACAGCGAUCCCUACGCAGACGGAGAUCCUGCCUGGGCACCUAAAAACUAUAUAGAGAAAGUUGUUGCUAUAUAUGACUAUACAAAGGACAAAGAUGAUGAGCUGUCGUUCAUGGAGGGUGCAAUCAUUUAUGUGAUAAAGAAGAACGAUGACGGCUGGUAUGAAGGAGUUUGCAACCGAGUAACUGGCUUGUUUCCUGGGAAUUACGUCGAAUCAAUCAUGCACUAUGCCGAUUAAAAUGUUUCGCUUUUCAAGUUAGGUCUUGUACUCAGUCAUACCGUGAUUAUUUACAAGGGAUAACUAAAAGCUAACAGAAUUGUCUUAAUAUACUUUCAAAAAAUGUGCCCAUUUCUUCAGGCCGUGCUGUUUUAAUGGUAUGAUUGAAUGUCCACCUCUCUUAAGUCUCUGGAGAAAGUAUGUCUUACCUGAUGGCAAUUUGUAAAACAAGCAGCUGUCUAUUACUGGUUAUACUUAUUUACUUAUGCAUUGUUAAUUUUAUGACCAGCCUAAAUAUUCUGGGGAAGUAGGGUAUAAUAUUUAAUGAACCAUGAUUCAGAUUGUGCCAUUACAUUUUUCAGUACAGCAUGGUAACUAACACUACGUUAGACUAACAUAUUAAAAUCUGGAUGAGAAGUUUAAUGUUAGUGCUGGUCAUAUUACUUUUUGUUUAGACUCUUUGCUCAUUCUUGAACUAUAUUUGUUUAAAGCAUGCAUACAAACUUAUGUAUUGAAAUAUACUUUUUUAAAAAUCCAAGAUGCUUCCAAUUUGUUGUAAUCUUUACCUGGAGUAUUCUCACUAAAGUCUAUUACAAUGAGUUGUUUGGGUCUAAGGUGUCCAUGUGAAUCAAAAAAAUGGGUGGUCUUAUGUAUGUGUAAUUUGUACCCAAGUUUUUUUAAUGAGUAAAUUUACAUUAUGACUUUUUCCAUUCAUAAAUAUAUAAGUGAACCAAA